AUGACUAUCAUUCUCCACGAUGUCCAGAUGAUUCUAGGUGCCAAUGUGAAGGGACGGGUGGUCGUGCCUAGGUACGACGAGACCAUCGAGCGGAUAAAUUGCGUGUAUUUACUGUCCGAGAUAUUAAAACUCGAUUUUGAGGAGAUUGACGAGUUAUGGAAGCAUGGGGGCCCCUCAUGGAGGAUGAUACAUGGACAGUUGUUGAUGUUCGACACGCCCAUGAGACGCCGAGUUCAGAUAUAUCUAGUGUUUAUCGUCAGAUCGAUUUUAUUCCCCGACAAGACAUGUGAUCGGGUGAAGCCGUGGUAUAUGCACGUCCUGGAGGAUUCAGUACUUGAUCAGGUCGGUACAUAUUUGUGGGGUUCGGCCUAUUUGGCCAAUCUAUACAGGGAGUUGGGUAUACGCAGUCGAGCACAGUCGAGGAGCUUGGCGGGUUGCACCACCCUUCUUCAGUGCUGGAUAUACGAGUACCCGAGAUUCCAGCCGUCGGAGGAGAGCGAACGGUACCGCGAGUUUCAGCCUCGAUGCAAGAGGUGGAACGCGCUGCCAAAAGCGGUCUCACUCGAGCAUAUUCGAGGUUUACUCGACAAUAUGACAACGGAUAAUGCAAGUCAAGUGGCUACCAUAUGGUCGGGAGAUACACGAGAGUAUCCCUCGUACGUUGUAUCAUGGCACGAUCCAGUACAUGUGGCUCGUAGAGCCGUAUAUGCCUGA